AUGGCAGUGGAACCAGCCUGUAAUACUACGAACGACGACAGCUACUCAGCUAAAACAGACACCUUCGUUGAACCACCUGAUCAAGGCGCCAACACAAGUGAGCCCGUAGCGUCCAGUGAUCUGACUGAAACAGGGCAUGUAAAUGGAACCAAUCAGGUAACGGAAGAGCCUAGAGAACACGACGUCCGCAAUAACGGAGUAAUGCUCACAGCAGUAACAAAUGCAACGGGAAAUUCGGCUGGUGCUAAACUGAGGUGCUUGUACACGAAUGCCCAAAGCCUCAUAUCGAAACUAGACGAACUAAAACUUUGCCUUGUUGAGCUGUCUCCAGAUGUUUUAGCAGUAACUGAGACCUGGCUGUCCGGGAAUAUUAGCGAUAACGAAGUAGCCUUGCCUGGAUACCAAAUUUAUCGGAGGGACAGGGGACAUCGUCAGGGUGGUGGUAUCGUUGUGUAUGUGAAUGACGGUCUGGCAGUGUCGGAUAACACCACCAAGUUUGCGUGCAGUACGGAAGCUAUCUGGUUGACCAUUAAGGCUACCGGUUCCCUGUGUCUCGAUGUCCUCACUGUCUACCGACCACCUAGGACAGACCGAAUCGCCGACGCUCAACUAUUGGAGCAGUUGGAGAAAUUUUCCAGUCGACCUAACAUUAUGAUCAUGGGCGACUUCAACGCACCAGGAACAAACUGGAAUACCCUCCAAGCGUCAGGUCCAAAAUCGGCAUUCGAUUACCGCCUGUUGAGCAAGACAUUAAAUGCGUGCCUCACACAACUUGUAGUGUUCCCAACGAGAACACGUGAAGGACAAAGGACAAACUGCCUGGAUCUGGUCUUUACGAAAACACUAGACAGCAUAGACGAGAUCGCCUCCAUGCCGCCCCUUGGCCGAAGUGACCACGUAGUGCUUAUGUGGGAUUAUUCGUUAUUCUCCAUUUCACAUACUCCAGACCAAAAAAGGCGUAAUGUUUGGCGGGGCGACUUCAAUUUGAUGAGGGCAGACUUUUCCGGUCUUGACUGGGGCUCAUUGUUUACGGGAAGUGCCAACGAUGACUGGGAGCUGUUCAAGAAUGUCCUUCUGCAGCUUAUCAAUAACCACUGCCCACUGACCAGUGUAAGACUGAACAAACGCCCUGGGUGGCUAAAUAGCGACCUCAAGAAAGAAAUCAACAGGAAGCACAAAUUGUGGAGAAAAUACUGCGUCAGUAGACAAGCUGAAUGCUUCAACACCUACAAGACACAGAGGAACAAACUGAGGAAGCUGAUAAUGAAGACGCGGCGGGAAUUCGAAAAGAACUUGCUACAAAAAGCAACGCAGAACCCAAAAUUGCUCUACAGCUACCUCCGACGAACUACAAGGAACAGGCAUCAAAUCCCCUUGAUAAAGACUACUGAUGGCGUUGAGAUCGCUGAUAGUAGGGAUAAAUCUGCGUAAUUUUCACGGUUUUUCCAAUCAGUCUACACAAACGAGGCAAGGUUCCUACCUCCCUCCACAGAAGAACUGCCGACUCCAAGCGUCAGUGAUAUACUCUUCUCAGAAGGCAUUGUCCGAAGAGAAUUAGAGACAUUGAACGAAUCGAAGUCACCAGGACCAGACGAGAUUCCACGCAAGCUUCUGAAGGAACUUGCCAGUGAGCUCUCUGUGCCUUUGUCGAUGCUCUUUCAAAAGUCAUUUGACACUGAAACACUUCCUGUCGAUUGGAAGCUGGCGCAUAUUACUCCGCUACACAAAGGAGGUAACAGGGCUGCGACGACAAAUUACCGGCCCAUAAGCUUGACAUGCAUUCUCUGCAAAGUUAUGGAAAGGAUCAUAAAGAGUGAACUGAUGCAAUUCCUGGAAGUUCACGGCCUGCUAUCGAAAUGCCAACAUGGGUUCCGAAAAGGAAGAUCCUGCACGACAAACCUGCUGCAAUCUCUCCAGAGCUGGACCCGAGCUCUCGACGACAGGCACGCGGUCCACAUAGCCUUCAUCGACUUCCUGAAGGCUUUCGACACUGUGCCACACCAAAGUCUCAUACAUAAACUUAACAAAAUAGGGAUCAGUGGCAAAUUCCUUAAAUGGAUUGAUAACUUCCUUGUGGGUCGACAUCAGGUUAUCUGCAUCGGUCGGGGAAUGUCAGAUCCGGCUAUGGUCGAGAGUGGUGUCCCCCAGGGUUCAGUACUGGGACCCAUUUUGUUCCUUAUCUACGUGGACGAUGCUGCAAGAGCUUUAUACUGCGAAGUAGCAAUGUUUGCGGAUGACAUGAAGAUAUGGAGUGUAAUUCGGGGUCCUACCGACGAAGACAGACUGCAGAUCAACUUGAAUCGGUUGGAGGAGUGGUCAAACCGUUGGCUCCUGCGGUUCAACGUUGUAAAAUGUAGCAUACUUCGCCUAGGCAACACAGCCAGAUUCGCCAGCACAAGAGGCUACUUUCUGGGCGGUGCAGCCCUACAAGAGGUCGAAGCCCAAAGGGACCUCGGUGUGCUUACGACGAGUUCCCUAAAACCAUCCGCCCACUGUUCGAGGGUGGCAAAAAGCGCAAUGUCCGUACUGUACGCCAUCAAGCGUGCGUUUAUGGACUUUGACGAAGAAGCUUCCUCUAAGACAUUCGGAACAUUCGUCCGGCCGCAUUUAGAGUACGGCAUACAAGCUUGGAGGCCGUGGGCUGUUGUGGAUCAAAACUGCCUCGAAAGAAUCCAGAGGAGAGCCACGAAGAUGGUUAGGGGUCAAAGCUCCUUUCCUUAUGCAACUCGCCUAGUAAAUCUGAACCUCUUUCCUUUGAGUUACAGGCAACUUCGCGGGGAUCUCUUGCAAGCCUUCCGCAUUGUUAAGGGGUUGGAUUGCAGUCUGGCCUUCGAGAACUUCGUUGAAUUUGCUACCACUAACAACCUCCGAGGUCACCCGUUAAAACUGCGCACUCAGCAGGCACGGCUGGAUGUGCGGAAGUUCUCCUUCUCGGUUCGGGUGGUCAAACCAUGGAAUGAGCUUCCCGCAGAUGUUGUGAUGUCACCAUCUAUACAAAGUUUUAAGGAGAAUCUGGACAUAUUUAUGUUCCGAAAUGACCAAGAGCGAUGA